GAUGAAGAUGAGACGCUACAAGCUCUUUCUCAUGUUCUGUAUGGCCGGCCUCUGCCUCAUCUCCUUCCUACACUUCUUUAAGACCCUGUCCUAUGUCACCUUCCCCAGGGAACUGGCCUCCCUCAGCCCUAACCUCGUGUCAAGCUUCUUCUGGAACAAUGCCCCAGUCACACCCCAGGCCAGCCCCGAGCCGGGUGGCCCCGACCUGCUCCGAACCCCUCUUUACUCUCACUCGCCCCUGCUCCAGCCGCUGUCCCCCAGCAGGGCCACCGAGGAGCUCCACCGGGUGGACUUCGUGCUGCCCGAGGACACCACCGAGUACUUCGUGCGCACCAAAGCGGGGGGGAUCUGCUUCAAACCAGGGCGCAAAUGGGUGGAGUGCGUGUGCCUGCCGGGCUGGCACGGGCCCAGCUGCGGGGUGCCCACUGUGGUGCAGUACUCCAACCUGCCCACCAAGGAGCGCCUGGUGCCCAGGGAGGUGCCGCGGCGGGUCAUCAACGCCAUCAACAUCAACCACGAGUUCGACCUGCUCGACGUGCGCUUCCACGAGCUGGGCGACGUGGUGGACGCCUUCGUGGUGUGCGAGUCCAACUUCACGGCCUACGGGGAGCCGCGGCCGCUCAAGUUCCGCGAGAUGCUCACCAACGGCACCUUCGAGUACAUCCGCCACAAGGUGCUCUACGUCUUCCUGGACCACUUCCCACCCGGCGGCCGGCAGGACGGCUGGAUCGCGGACGACUACCUGCGCACCUUCCUGACCCAGGACGGCGUCUCCCGGCUGCGCAACCUGCGGCCCGACGACGUCUUCAUCAUCGAUGACGCCGACGAGAUCCCCGCGCGCGAUGGCGUGCUCUUCCUCAAGCUCUACGACGGCUGGACCGAGCCCUUUGCCUUCCACAUGCGCAAGUCGCUCUACGGCUUCUUCUGGAAGCAGCCGGGCACCCUGGAGGUGGUGUCGGGCUGCACGGUGGACAUGCUGCAGGCCGUGUACGGGCUGGAUGGCAUCCGCCUGCGCCGUCGCCAGUACUACACCAUGCCCAACUUCCGCCAGUACGAAAACCGCACGGGCCACAUCCUGGUGCAGUGGUCGCUGGGCAGCCCCCUGCACUUCGCCGGCUGGCACUGCUCCUGGUGCUUCACGCCCGAGGGCAUCUACUUCAAGCUGGUGUCCGCCCAGAACGGCGACUUUCCCCGCUGGGGUGACUACGAGGACAAGCGGGACCUCAAUUACAUCCGGAGCUUGAUCCGCACCGGCGGCUGGUUUGAUGGCACGCAGCAGGAGUACCCACCUGCGGACCCCAGUGAGCACAUGUACGCCCCCAAGUACCUGCUCAAGAACUACGACCAGUUCCGCUACCUGCUGGACAACCCCUACCAGGAGCCCAAGAGCACUGUGGCCGGCGGGCGAAGGAACAAGGGCCCUGAGGGCCGGCCGUCUGCAGCCAGGGACAAACUGGACACGGUGGAAGGCUGAGGCUGUGGGAUCUCUAGGGCCUCUGGCCCGGUGGGAUGGUGGCUACCCCUGGCAUUACUUUCAGCCUCUUCCCGCCGACUUGGGGAUCUUGAGAGACCAGGCCUGGGUGGGUGAGCUCUGGUGGGCUCUUCCCUACUCCAGCCCUUUGGAAUCAAGGGUUAGGUUUUUUAGCAAAACAAAACAAACACCUCCCUUGCUGCCAGGAGAAGGGAGCAAACCCAGACAUCUAUGCAGCCCUUUUGCUACCCAGAGUGCUGUGGCCAGGAGGGUCCCUGGAGAGGCAUGACGGGUCCUGGGAGCCGGGAGGGGUGAGGGGGGAGGAAAGGGAGCCUGUGAGAGCCCUGUGGGGCUGCACCUGGUGGAGGGAAGCCUAUUUUGGCAUCUUGGGGCUUUGGACCUGCACUGGGGCAGGGGGCAUGCCAGCUGGUCCCGGUCUGCAAAUAGAUGCAUUUGGGGAGGGAGCAAGGGGGUCAGCUGGCAGGGAAGGGGUGCUGAUGGGCACUGCGUGGUGUCCUCAGUGGUGCUGGCUCAGAGGGGAAGGAGGAGAGGCCUGGUCCACUGCCUCACAGGAUGUUACCCAGCUGGGAGGGCGGUGCCCGAGACUGUCAGGCUUCUGUCCCUGUAAGCUGACAAAGGCAUGGGGCAACCCUGGGAUUCCUCCUUCCCAUUUCAAACCUAGCCUUGACAAUUCCAUCUUACUUUACAUUGCUGUUGUGUGGGCUGCCUGCCCAGCUGCUUGCAGGGGUCAGUUCUCAGGGCAGGGUGGGCGCUGGAGACUGUAUGGUCAGCCAGUGUGGCAGGUGUGGCCUGGGGCAUGGGGAAGCAAUGACGGGCUUGAGACCCUUCAUCAUUCUGCCUCUCCCUCCCUGUCGCGCCCUCUGGCCAGCACCCACUGCUCCAGGCUCACCAUUACCCCAGGAGGAAUCGCUUAGGCUGCUCCUUGGGGCUGGCUAGGGGCCAGGAAGGAAGCUUUCCUGGGCCCAAGAAGGGACAUUAAGACCGGUUAUAUGUCAACCCGUUCCUCUUAGUUUGCCUUGUGGGAGGUGAGGAAUGUAAUUUGUUGGAGUAGAUUCUAAGCUGCUGUAAGUAAGAGACUGUGAAAUACAGGGUUUGUGUAAGACAGAAGCUUGUUCUAAUUAAAUUGUCUAGAGGGAAGUGGUACAGAACUAGAAGGGCAGCUCUACUUUCCUUCAUUCACUCCUUCCAAUUCUGGAUACAGAGUGGCUGCUCCAGCUCCCACUAUCACUUAUACAUCCCAAACCAGAGAAAGGCAGGAAAGUGCACACCCUUUCUUGUUAUGGCCAUGAGCCAGAAAUGGCACUAUUACUUCUGAUGGCUUCUUGUUGGCCAGAACUUAGUAACAUGGUCACAUAAAUAUAGCUGCAAGGGAAACUGGGAAACUGCCUUGUGCCAGACCUCAACUUGGGAGAUCUGUCAGUUAAGAGGAGGGUGGAUGAGGGAAAUAAGCAGACUUCUGGGGGAGGGGUAGAAGUGACUGCUAUAGUCGUAUGAGCCUGCUCUUGCUCCUCUCCCUGCCCACGCCAGGUGCUGUGGCAGC